AUGGCGCAUAGUUUUGUUGCGAAAUAUCGAUUGCGAGCAAAGAGCGAUGUUCCCGAGAUAUUCCAACGACGGAAUCGCGACGAGUUAAGCGCGUGCAUCCGCCAUCGAGCUGACACAGCUGCACAGCUGACUGGCUCGGGCUGGCCCGCGCGCGUGCGGAUCACUAACCAAGAAAUCGCAGACUCGUGCUCCAGGCUCCGGUUCGAAUCCUCGUCCGCAAUCCUCGAUCGUAUGUACGAUCCGCAGCAACUCGGUACAGAUCAGAUAUUGGCCAAUCGAAAAUUAUUCUAUUCUGACGAAUGGAUUUUCGAACGCACGACCUGUCACAUAUGGUGGAUUGGAGCUUCAAUCGUUAACAGAGAGAGGAAGAACUAGAUUUUUACGUAGUUCAUGG